GGAAUCUUCCCUACAAAGUUCUAUCUGGGGAACCAAAUUUCUGAGUCUUACAAACAAACAAAAUACUUUCUUACAUCCUCUCAUCGAUCAUAACCAUCUGUUCAAAUUAUAAGAGUUUGAUACAUUAUACCAGGCUUCAAUCCCAAGUGCAAGUUUAAUUCAUCAUCUUUCACUCUCUCGAAUCAUUGCUGCUUCAAUUGGAAUUUCCCCGCUUCUGCAAUCUCACACGACCUUGAACCACAAUUCCAAUAUGUCUUCACCAUCAGGCUCCUCACAAGCAUCGGGAGCUGGCAAAGCUAAUGGUGCCCUCAACAAAGCAUUCCCGCACAUUGACCUUGAUGGUCACAACCUUCCUCCCUCGCCUGCACCUUCCAGUCCUCACAAUGGCAGAAGAUAUGCCUUGGCCACCGAAUUAGUCUAUACCGAGACUAAGGAUCAAUAUGGAGCUUCAAGUAUGCCAAUAUAUCAAUCUGCCACAUUCAAACAGAAUUUGGCUGGUGGUGGAUCAGAAUACGAUUAUACACGUUCCGGAAAUCCUACAAGAACACAUCUGGAACGACAUCUCGCGAAGAUUAUGAACGCCAAUCGCGCCCUCGUCGUCGGUUCUGGCAUGGGAGCAUUAGAUGUUAUUACAAGAGUUUUACGACCUGGAGAUGAAGUUAUUACAGGAGACGAUCUGUACGGAGGUACCAACCGAUUGUUGACAUACUUGGCUGCGAAUACUGGCAUAAUUGUACACCAUGUUGAUACGACUACUCCCGAUAAAGUCAAAGCAGUUCUGGGUCCUAAAACAGCUAUGGUUUUGCUCGAGACACCAACCAAUCCUUUGAUAAAGAUUGUCGAUAUUGCGACAAUCGCAAGGACAGCACACGAGUUGAAUGAGAAAGCCUUAGUUGUCGUCGACAAUACUAUGCUUUCUCCUAUGCUAUGCAACCCCUUGGAUCUCGGCGCAGAUAUAGUCUAUGAGUCAGGCACAAAAUAUCUCUCUGGGCAUCACGAUAUCAUGGCUGGUGUUCUAGCUUUCAAUGACCCCGCCAUUGGAGAUAAAAUGUACUUCACAAUUAAUUCUACUGGUUGCGGGCUCUCGCCAAACGAUUCAUUCUUACUUAUGAGGGGAAUAAAGACUUUGGCAAUCCGCAUGGAACGACAACAGACAAACGCACAAGCAAUUGCUGAAUUCCUUGAAACACAUGGUUUCCGUGUAAGGUACCCUGGUUUGAAAUCCCAUCCUCAAUAUGAUCUUCACUGGUCUAUGGCUCGUGGAGCUGGAGCUGUAUUGUCUUUUGAAACAGGCGAUGUUGCUCUCUCUGAGAGAAUUGUUGAAGCAGCAAAGUUAUGGGGCAUUAGUGUCAGUUUUGGCUGUGUCAACAGUCUGAUCAGUAUGCCAUGCCAAAUGAGUCAUGCCAGUAUUGAUGCAAAGACGAGAAAGGAAAGACAGAUGCCUGAGGAUAUCAUUAGAUUGUGUGUCGGGAUUGAGGACGUGAAUGAUUUAAUUGACGAUUUGAGCCGUGCUCUCGUUCAAGCAGGUGCUGUGAAGGUAACUCUUGAUGGAUUCCAUGCUAUAGACGCAGCUCAAGCUAUUGCUGAGGUGCCAAUAGCUGAAUCGGAUGCAGCAGCAGCUCCAUUGUAACGAAUGAUUUAAUGUACAUUGCCGAGGCGUUCACGGUGUUGUUGGAUGAUUUUGAUACUCAAUUAGCAAAUGUUUUGAGCUUGCCAAAAUGAAAAGGAGCUAGAUAUUUAGAUAUACCACCAUAAAUGAUGAAUAAUUGAUCAAUCAGAUCAGUGUCUCGUGACUUCGAGACAAGCGCCUCAAGCUUCAAUAAAAAGCAGUUGGUGGUUCA